AUGGACGGCCCACCGCCUCCACCACCUCCCCAUGGUGCCAAUCCCAAGACGACAGGAGGCAGCCAUGCCCCUCCACCAAAUAGCGGUGGCGGUCUGCCUCCGGGCAACUAUGACAUCUUCAUCAUACCGCCACACUCUGCCGGUGGCGGCUUCAUCUACUUGCCCAGCUUGGGAGUCCAGCGAAACAGCUUCAUGGCAGGAGUGGGAAGCACCAUAGCUUGUAUCGCCAUCUGGAAGAUCAUCGAACCUCAGGCCAAACAGUACUUCCUUCUCGUCAGCCAGGGCGUCCAGCUAGGUGGAAACGGCGUCAUCCUGCUCGUCGUGCUGGUUGGACUUAUUGGAUGGAUCUUUGGACAGACAAUGGGAGGUGGACGUUCCAGUGCUAGUGCUAGUGGAAAUACCUUUGGAGGUGGCUUUGGCAGUGGUCCCCAAGGAGGAGGAGCUGGAGCGGGUACCAGCACACCAGGGGGUGGAGCCAACUAUCAGCGGUCGGCUCCGCCUCCACCGAAUGGGGGUUUUUCAGGCGCGGGUUCACCCCCACCUCACGGUGGAUGGGGCGGUUACCGGCAAUAUGGUGCCUCCUCACCUCCACCUCAAGAAGACGACGACGACGCUGCAUGGGACGAUGAAGCAGAAGAGGCAGCCGAGGCAGAGAGGAAACAAGCCGAAGAAAAAAAGAAGCGAGCAGAGGAAAUGAAGAAGCGGGAAGAGGAAGAGAAGAAGCGAACAGAGGAGAAAAAGAGAAGAGAGGAGGAGGAGGAGCGCAAGCGAGCUGAAGAGGCCAAGCGAAAACAAGAAGAGGAACUACGGAGGAAGCAAGAGGACGACCUGCGACGACAACACGAGGAAGAGCUCAAGAAAAGGCACGAGGAGCAGCUACGAAAGAAAGAGGAAGAGCUCAGAAAGAAACACGAGGAAGAGCUCAAGAGGAAGGAAGAGGAAAUCCGAAGACGACAGGAAGAAGAAUUGAAGAAAAGGGAAGACGAGAUUAGGAGAAAACAAGAAGAAGAGUUUAGGAGAAAGCAGGAAGAGGAGCUCAAGCGAAAGCAGGAAGAGGAGCUCAAGAAAAAACAAGAAGAGGAGCUUAAGAAGAAACAAGAGGAGCUUAGGAUCAAACAAGAAGAGGAGCUCAGGAUCAAACAAGAAGAGGAGCUCAGGAUCAAACAAGAAGAGGAGCUCAGGAGAAAACAAGAAGACGAUGCACGGCGUGCGGAAGAAGAGAAGAAACGACAAGAGGAAGCUGAACGUCAACAACGUGAAGAAGACGAGCGCAAACGGGCGGAGGAGCAAAGACAGCAGGCGGAGGAAGAGAAGAGACGAGCUGAGGAGCUACGGAAACAGGCCGAAGAGGAGAAGAAGCGGAGAGACGAAGAGGAACGCAAAAGGGCAUGGGAGCAGCUCAAGCGUGCUGAAGAGGCACGGAAGAAGAAGGAGGCUGAAGAAAGGGCUCGGGAAGAAGCAGCCAAGCAAGCUCGCGCCAAAGCCGAGAAGGAGAAGUGGGAGAAGGCGCGACAACGAGAGCGGGAGCAGCGCGAACGAGAAGCUCGAGAACGUCUUGCUAAAGAGAAAGCUCGCAAGCAACAAGAACUCCGGGAGAAGGAAGAGGCUGAACGUGAAGCCCGGGAGGCUGAGGCACGUGCCAAGAUUGAGAAGGAGAUUCGUGAGAAGCUCGAGGCAGAACAGCGAGCAAAGGCUGCAGAAGAAGCUGCACGAAGAGCCGCAGAGGAGAAGCUUGCUGCAGAAGCAGCUGCAGCAAAAGCCAAAGCCGAAGCCGAAGCCGCCGCUGCCAAGGCAAAGGCUGAUGCAGAGCGUGCUGAACGACUCAAGGCCGCUCGGGAGCGUGCUCAGAAGGAUCGCGAAGCCCGUCUCAAGAGUGAGGCUGAGAAGGAUCGCGAAGCCCGUCUCAAGAGCGAGGCUGAGAAGAUCAAAGCAGAGGCUGCGGCGGCUGCCGCCGCUGCUGCUGCUGCCGCAGUCCCUGAAGUCACAGCCCGACGAUCAACCACCUAUGGCGGUCUUGGGGGAGGAGAGCGACUCGAUCCCUAUGCUGGCGUCAGACAGCCUUCUGUCGCGCCUUCUGUGACCGCCUCUGUCACCUCGACGCAUUCAAAUCCGAUCAAGGCCACAGUACAACCCAAGAAGAACUAUGAACGGCCUUCGGCAAAGUCGUACUUGGGCACUGAAGAUGCAGGUAGUUUCCGACCACAUACGAGCACUCCCCGACCUGGCCCUGCAAGAUCAACCGUCUCAUCCCAAUACUCGGAAUCCUCUUACGCACCCUCCCAGUCGACAACCCGUACAACACCCCCAGCAUCACAGCGAGGGCCAUAUGCCACAACAGAUCCCAACAAGAUUGUCAUCAAGGCAGUAUAUCUCUUCAACGAUCUCUUCCCCAAACCUGUGGCGCAGCUGGUGUCCAACGUUGGCAAGGUGACGGAUGGCUUGAUACUUAAGAUUCAGUCCGAAGGCUUGUUCAUCGAUGACGAUGUUCGGAGUAUCCCUCAACGCGAGUGGGACGUCAAGGCUUGGACAUUGAAAAUGAUCGAGACUGGUCAGCAACCGGCAAAACACAUUCACAUCCUGCGGGCCUCCGUUCGCGACCCCGACGGCAAGAAGUACGUCUUCCUUAUCGACGAGUCUGAAAGUUGGAAACUGGCCAUCGGUCUGCAACGCCUACGAAAGGGCAGUCAAGUCCGAAGUUUGCAGAGCAGCCAGAUGGCGCCGAAUGAGGUGGCUAGAGUGCUCAACGCUGUUCCAGCAAUUAUUGUAUAG